AUGAACAUCAUCGCAUACCAUAUAACUGUCGAUAUGGGUCUCUCCAUGCUGCCAGAUGAGCUGCUGUUAUCGCUGUCAGAGCAGUGGCCUUGUCGCGACCUCCAGCUAAGGCAAUUGGCAGCACUACUCUCUCCAACACUUUCCAGCCCACCAUCACUGGUCCUUCACGGUUCCCGCGCGACCGGCAAGAGCAGCAUCGUCCAGUCAUAUCUCGAAGCGAGCAAAGUCCAGCAUGCGAUCAUCCGAUGUCAAGAGUGCAUUACCGGUCGACAUCUAUUGGAGAAGACGGUAGGAGUUGUACAUGAUGUCCUUCCAGGAAAAGACGGCAAUGGGGUCGAAAAGGCAUACAGUGGCCGAUGUGAGAAUCUCAGUUCACUCACUGUUCAUCUUCAAAGACUGCUGGAGGGGCAAGACAAGUUUGUGCUGGUCUUCGAUGGCGUGGACAAACAGCGCGAGGCACCGCCAACACUUCUCCCAGCUCUAGCACGACUGGGUGAAGUGAUACCGCACUUGGUCGUUCUUUUGAUCGUUCGACAUCCGCCUCCUCGCUUUCUGCAUCAGCCCGGCGUACCUCACAUACACUUUGCGCCUUACAGCCGUGCUCAGUCAAUACACAUAGUUGCACGGAAGCCGCAAGACAUCUUCAUUGAAGCACCACCUGAUGAUAUGGAUUACGACGAUGAGACGCACGAAGAAGACAAGGCAUGGCUGUGGCCGAGGUUCUGCGCUGCUGUAUGGGAUGCCCUCGCACAGAAUGCAGCACGAGAUCUGGUGGCGUACAAGGAGGCUUGUCUCAAACUCUGGAGACCUUUCGUUGCUCCUGUCAUUAAGGGUGACUUUGGCACACGAGACUUCAGCAGACUCUUGGUCGCGCAACGGAGGCUGUUCCAGGAAGAGAACGUGCUGCUGGACUCGAUCAUCGCAAAGCCAGAAGGCGUUCUAGCGGUACCGCGUAGCAAGACGCACGAUCUGCCAUACUACGCCAAGUGGACGCUGGUAUCAGCUUAUCUAGCAUCCUUCAACCCAGCCAGGAUGGAUGCACUAUACUUCAUGAAGUCCACAGAGAGGAAACGGAGGAAGAAGGGUGGAGGCACAGCUCGAUCUGGCGGUAGACCAAGUCAGACAAGGAAGAUCCCACGACAUUUACUCGCUGCUUCAGCCUUUACAUUGGAUCGCUUGUUGGCCAUCCUCCAUGCCAUCUUACCGGACGAGCUGAGGACGAAUAUCGACAUUUACCGACAGAUCGCCACCCUCUCGAGCCUGAGGUUGCUGGUGCGAGCUGGCGGUAUUGGCAACAGCGAUCCUUUGGAGCCAGGCGGCAAGUGGCGGGUUGGUCCGAUGAUAACGUGGGAGCAUAUCCAAAGCAUAGCAAGAGGACUGGACUUCAACCUCAUAGACUAUGUCGCAGAUUGA